AUGGAUCAAUUGUCUCAAAUUAAUUUAAAUGAACGGACUUCAAUUCAAGACCCUUCUGAACGACAGAAUGUUGACACUGAUAUGAUUGAAUCGGGUAGCAAGACCGUGAUUGUAAAUUCUAAUGCAAAGAGUAGUUUAAUUCGAGCAAAGUCGAUACCAGAAGAAACUCAAGAUGCCGCAAAUAGAGCUGAGCCGAUACCUGAAGAAACUCAGGCCGACGCAAAUAGAGAGGAGAAAAAAAGGAAACAUUGGAAAGAAGAUGAGCAUAGGCAGUUUUUGAAAGGGCUGCUAAAAUAUCAAAGAGGACAAUGGAAAGAAAUUUCAAAAGAAUUUGUGACGACAAGAUCACCAAGUCAAAUUGCUAGCCAUGCUCAAAAAUAUUUUGACCGCAACAAAGAUGCAGUGAAAAAAGCAAGAAAGAAGAGAAGAAGUAUUCAUGACACAACCAUCGACAACAAUGGUAGAUUAGUCAUUCUCCCUGUUGAAAAACAAAAUGAGAUUCCUUCAAUUGAACGACAACAAAAAGAGAUUCCUUCUCACUGUACAACAUUAAAUGUGAUUCCUUCGAUUGAACAACAAAAUAAAAUUUCACCUUUGGUUACUCGUUCUUUUCACGACCAGUUUAAUCUGGUAUCUCAUGACUCUCUCAAUAGCGUGACAAUGCUCAUCACUGGGUCUGCUGGUAAACCUACACAAGAGUCCCACGACAUAGGCGAUGUCGGGUCUAGUACAAUCAGUGGCAUACCUAAGACUACCAAUGAUGCUCGCGUAUUCUGUUUGUCUUACGCUAUCACCAGUGUUCUUAAACAGUUUUACACUGGGAUCAUAAGGUGUGCAGGCAGGUUUACAGUUAAAGUAACCGUAUUUCUUUAG